UCAACCCAUUCUCCAAUUAUCUGCUUUAGAAUGGAAGCACCCUUCUCUCUCUGUCUCUCUCUCUCUCUCUCUCCAACUAAUGCAAUUGCAAACCGACGACCAAGUGGUCAAUAGUCAACGGACUCAGAGCCAGGCCACCCACUCACGGAAGGGCUCCACCCAGCCGCCGCCGUGUGCCGCCCCCAAAAAAGCCAAUAUGAGCGGCGGCGAUGCCUCAUAUGUAUAUUAAUUGGUGGCGGUGGCGGUUAGAGGUUGACAACCCCCAUCCCCACGCCCACACCCACACCACAUUUUAGACGGUCAGAAAAAGUGGCCCUCCUUUUGCGUGCGCGCACCUCCCGCGUACGUUAGCCCUCGCCACCACCUCACCCUAGCGGUGGUCUCAUCCCAUCUAGAUCUUGAAUUCAGCCGCACCCUCCUCCCUCUCUCCACCCACCUCUCCCUUUAUCCCCCGUCAUCAUGUCCCCACACCACCACUCCCCCACCCCUCUCUCCUCCUCCUCCUCCUCCUCCUCUUCCCUAUCUCCCUCUUCUAAACUGCGCCUCCGCCCUUUUCCUCCGCCGUCGCCGCCGCCGCCGCCUACCGUUCACGAUGGCCGCUUCUUCUCCGCCCCCGCAAGACACCUCCCAUCCUUCCGCGAUCCCGCCGCCGCUCCCUGCUCCGCCCAUCUCCGCCUCCUCCCGCCGUCUCCCCCCGCCGUGCUGGUCCCACGAUGAGACCGUCGCCCUCAUCGACUCCUACCGCGACAAGUGGUACUCUCUCCGCCGCGGCAACCUCAAAGCCCCCCACUGGCAGGAGGUCGCCGACGCCGUCUCCCGCCGCUGCCCCCUCGCCUCUCCCCCCAAAACCUCCGUCCAGUGCCGCCACAAGAUGGAGAAGCUUCGCAAGCGCUACCGCACGGAACUGCAGCGAUCCCUCUCCACCCCUAAUCGCCACCGCUUCACCUCCUCCUGGGUCCACUUCAAGCGGAUGCAUUCCAUGGAGAAGGGCCCCGGCGCCGUCGCCUCCGGCAGCGACGGCCCCGACGAUGACGACGACGACGAUGACGAGAACGAUUAUGCAAACGACGUUGACGAUGAUAUGAACGGGGAUGGUGGGAAACAUGGUUUUCCUUAUAAUCGAAAUGUUAAUUCAUCGAUGAGUAAUGGAGUCGGGGGCGGUGGCGGUCGAAGCGCGUUUCGGAUUAGAAUCCCCGGCGGUUCGUCGAGUAUGGCACCGUCCGGGAUGGGGUUUCGGCCAAAGAAUCAUGAAAACCCUAAUUCUAAUUUUGGGUCUAGGGUUUUAAGGGAUGUUGCUGCUGCGGGAGGUUUGGGGGCUGGGAAAAAGGGUGGGAAAAGAGAGGAGGAAGGGGAUGCCGUGGUAGAGAUGGUCGCGGCAUUAAAGGUGUUGGGAGAUGGGUUUAUGAGGAUGGAACAGAUGAAAAUGGAGAUGGCGAGGGAGAUCGAAGCGAUGCGGAUGGAGAUGGAGAUGAAACGGACUGAGAUGAUUUUGGAGUCUCAGCAAAGGAUAGUGGAAGCCUUUGCCAAAGGAUUUUUGGAGAAGAAGAAGAAGGCAAAAAGAAUGCCCUCCCCAGAAUCGUAGAUGGGUCUGAACUGGACCAUUCUUUUUCUUGCUUGGAAGAUUCACAAAAUUGGUUAAUUUUAUGGAUGUUGCCCAAUUGAGCUCUGGGAUUCUAUGCCCUUCAAACUGAGAAGUGGGCUUCAUGUCGUGGUUUAGUGAUGUAAGUUUGCUAGUUGUAGUUUCUUGUUUAGUCCUCUUUCAUGCUACUUCUUACAUAUUUUGAUUGGUUAGAGAAAUUCGGAACUUGGUUACGGCUUGCUUUGCAAUGAAUAUACCUUCAUUUCAAAA